GCGCGUGUGUGUGUGUGAGUGUGCUUGCUUGUGGUGCGUAUAAUUAUUCAUUAAAAUUGGAAAAAUUUUAUCGAGUAAGCACGUGUGUGCACCAAUAAAAAAAAAUAAAAGUGCAUAUUCCCAGAGUGCUAUCUAAGUAGCACACGGCAGUAACAACAAAAGAUAUCGCUGCGCUUUCUAUAAAUACGCUAAUAGUUAACAUUACGUAACUCCGAGUCUACACUCCUCUCACUCUCCACUCUCUACACUCUUCCAAUCAGCCACUAGAAGUUGCUAAGAAGUGUUCACAAUAUAAUCGAGCGCCAACAAAGGCCUUCAAAACACAACAAAAAUGCAACACAUUUCUCAAAUUAGCAAUUAUUGAAAUUAAGACAAAAGUGCGUUGAGCCCAAAGUGCGAAUAGCAAAGAGCAGCAGUAGCAGCGGCCGCAGCAAUAACUUUGUGGAACAAACAACAACAACAGCGAGAACUGUAGCAGCGAAAACAGUGCUGCCCCCGUCUCGUCAUGGCCGCAGCUCAUGGUCAUCACAAUGCCAAUUUGCUCAGCUCGGACAUCUCGCGACGCAAUCCGCAGGAUGAAUAUGAGCUCAUACAGAAAAUUGGCUCCGGCACCUAUGGCGAUGUCUAUAAGGCGAAACGCAUACAGAGCAACGAGCUGGCUGCCAUCAAAGUUAUCAAAUUGGAGCCCUCCGAUGACAUUGGGAUCAUCCAGCAGGAGAUCUUCAUGAUGCGCGACUGUCGGCAUCCCAACAUCAUUGCGUACUAUGGCUCCUAUCUGCGACGCGAUAAACUAUGGAUCUGCAUGGAGUACUGCGGUGGCGGCAGCCUGCAGGAUAUCUACCAGGUGACUGGCCCACUCACCGAAGUCCAGAUCGCUUACAUGUGCCGCGAGACACUCAAGGGUCUGGAAUACCUGCACUCCAUGGGCAAAAUGCAUCGUGACAUCAAGGGUGCCAACAUUCUGCUCACCGAAUAUGGCGACGUAAAGCUGGCUGACUUUGGUGUCUCCGCACAGAUAACGGCAACCAUAAAUAAGCGCAAGAGUUUCAUAGGCACUCCCUACUGGAUGGCGCCCGAGGUGGCUGCUGUGGAACGCAAGGGUGGCUACAAUCAACUUUGUGAUAUUUGGGCCUGCGGCAUAACAGCAAUUGAACUGGCUGAACUGCAGCCGCCGAUGUUCGAUUUGCAUCCAAUGCGCGCCCUAUUCCUCAUGUCGAAGAGCGGCUUCAAGCCGCCCACACUGAGCAACAAGGAGAAAUGGAGCCCGACGUUUCACAAUUUCAUCAAGACGGCACUCACAAAGAAUCCAAAGAAGCGGCCCACAGCCGAGCGGCUGCUGCAACAUCCGUUUGUCCAGUGCGAGAUGCGAGAGCGGGUCGCCAAGGAGCUGCUCCUCAAGUACCAGAGUCCCAAUCAGCCAUUCUAUUAUUGUCUCGAUGGCGACGAGGAGACGGUUGCUGGAGUACCACAGCGCAUUGCCAGCAAGAUGACGUCGCGUGCCAAUGGGAUUCCGGCCCAGAAUCACACGCUCAAAACAGGCAUGACGACGAAUUCGACGUGGUAUGAGCGUUCUUCUAGUCCUGAAACGUUGCCUAGUGACAUUCCUCCGCCGAUUCAGCGACAAAGAUGCAGCGGCACUUUGAUAAUGAACAUGUCUUUAAGGAGCCUCUUACAAUAUAUUGAUGAGGAACUAAAGCUAAGAGCCACAUUACCAUUGAACGAGACCAAAGAAUCGGCUGCACUUGGUGGUGGCGAGUGCAGCUGUGCCCACAAUGGCGUCGCUGGAGGCGCAAGCGGCGGAGGCGGAGCAGGAGCAGGCGGAGGAGGAGGAGUAGGUGGAAGUGGUGCAUCCACAAAUGGGGGCAUAGCAGGAGUCGCCGGCAGCGCAGGCGGAGGUGGAGGCGGAGGCGGAUUCAGUAGCAACAGUCGCGCCAUCGUUGGCGCUGGCGACAUCGGUGGAGGGCAUCAUCAUCACCACCACCAUCAUCAUCAUCAUCAUCAACAACAAUACUCGAGCACAGCCGCGGGCAUAGGCAUUGGCAUUGGCAUUGGCACUCAGCACCACCAAAAUCAAAACCACAACCACCACCACCACAACCACCUUAACCACCAAUCCAGCAGUGCACUGACUUCGUCCAGCACCAGCGGCGCCUUGGCCACAUCAGCCAACUCCAACUCCAAUUCGAAUUCGAGCUCGAACAUGAACUCCAAUUCGAUAUCCAUGAAUCCAUUGAGCAUGUCCGCUUCGUUGGCCUCCAUGCCCGGUCUGAGCGCCUAUCUGGGUCUAUCGAAUUUGCGCACAACCAGCAUUGGCGAUGGCGACGACGAUAUCAAUCUGGACGUCGACAUUGUCAUGAAUAAUGCUAGCAAUGGUGGUUCAAGUUCGGGCGCCGGGUGCUCCGCCUCCGCUGCGCAUUAUCUCCGCCACAGCAGCAACUAUCGCUCGGCGGCGGCAGCGUCCGCAGCGCAGUCAGUUGCCAAUUCUGGUGAUGCUCAUGGCCUUGGGUUGCUUUCAUCGCUCGCAUCCAGCACCCCAUCAUCAAGUUCAACAACAGCAGCAGCAGCAACAACAGCGGCAGCAGCAGCAGCCACGUCAUCAGCAUCGUUUUAUAAUCGCCUCCUACUCCUCGAUAAUUCCAGCGGCGAUGCAGUUGGCGGCAGCAGCGGAGGAAGCGGCGGAGGCGCAGUCGGUGGCAACAGCAGCAAUGGCUUGGACAAGCAUGACUCCAUUGUUACACCCACAGCUGCCCCACAGUCAGCCGGCGAUGGCUUCUUGCAUUCCAACUGCGCCUCGACCAGCACAGCAGCAGCAGCGGCGGCGUCAGCGUCGGCGUCAUCAGCACCUUCUUCAAGUGGAGGCAACUCGUCGCAUCUCUACCAGAAUCUGCUGCGGAACAGCGCUGCGAGCAGCACAGAGGCAGCCCAAGUGGAAGCGGCAACAGGAACGGGAACGGGAACGUCCGGCAAUGAGAACAGCAACUGUGAUUACCGAAGCGAGAGCAACCAGAAUGGUGUGGAGGACUCGCCUCGUCGCCAUAGCUCAAUGGAUCAGCUGAUCGGACUGCUCAACGACAUGGGCAAGUCGUCGCGCACACGCAGUCUCAGCGACGGCGGCACCCAGGACGACGACGAAGUGGAGAAGGAAGCACAGCCGGAUCUGUUGAAUAACACGCCGCCUGUGCCGCCCAAGCGUUCGCAUCGUCGUCGCCACACACCACCCAGACCCAUCUCGAACGGUCUGCCACCGACGCCCAAGGUGCACAUGGGCGCCUGCUUCUCCAAGAUCUUCAACGGUUGUCCGCUGCGCGUGCAUUGUACCGCAUCGUGGAUCCAUCCGGAGACGCGGGAUCAGCAUCUGCUGAUUGGCGCCGAGGAGGGCAUCUACAACCUCAAUAUGAACGAGCUGCACGAUGCGGCCAUUGAUCAGAUGUUCCCGCGUCGCACCACCUGGCUGUAUGUGAUCAAGGAUGUGCUGAUGAGUCUUUCCGGCAAAUCCUGUCAGCUCUAUCGCCACGAUCUGGUGGCGUUGCACUCGAAGCAAACGGUGCGCUUCUCGUUGCACAUGAACAAGAUACCAGAGCGUCUGGUACCGCGGAAAUUCGCGCUCACCACCAAAGUGCCGGACACCAAGGGAUGCACGCAAUGCUGCGUCACUCGCAAUCCCUACAAUGGCUACAAGUAUCUGUGCGGUGCGACGCCCAGCGGCAUCUUCCUGAUGCAGUGGUACGAUCCGCUCAACAAGUUCAUGCUGCUGAAGCACUGCGAUUGGCCAGCCAGCAGCAUUCUGGGCGGUGGCUAUGGAUGCGUCCAAAAUGGCCAUACGCCGGUCUUUGAGAUGAUCAUCACGCCGGAACUGGAGUAUCCCAUUGUGUGCACAGGAGUGCGCAAGGCACUCAACGGUUGCCUUAAGCUGGAGCUCAUCAACAUGAACAGUGCCAGCUGGUUCCACUCGGAGGAUCUGGAGUAUGACGCCAUGGCCACGAUGGUGCCGCGUCGCGACCUGCUCAAGGUGGUGCGUGUCCACCAGGUGGAUAAGGACGCCAUUCUCGUCUGCUAUGGCAACGUGAUGCAGGUGGUCACCCUGCAAGGGAAUCCCAAGCAGCACAAGAAGAUGGUGGCCCAGCUUAACUUUGACUUUAAUGUGGACAGUAUUGUUUGUCUACCGGACAGUGUAUUAGCAUUCCACAAGCACGGCAUGCAGGGCAAGUCGCUGCGCAACGGCGAGAUUACGCAGGAGAUCAAGGACAUGAGUCGCACCUACAGGCUGCUGGGCAGUGAUAAGGUCGUCGCCUUGGAGAGUCAACUGCUGCGCACGGGUUCGCUGGGCAGCGAGGAAGGACAUGAUCUGUAUAUUUUAGCCGGUCACGAGGCCAGUUACUAAGGGCGCUAAAUGUAAUAUGCGACAGAAAGAGGGAGGGAUUAAAAUUUUUAAAAAAUACAACCGCGCGUCAACUACUAACUGUAAUGUAAUUACUCGUAGGCCCUAAGCUCUAAAUUAAACUAAAUUAAAACAAAACAAAACAGAAAGGAGAAAAACACCCAGGCAUUAAGCAAUUAGCUAUUUCGAAAGCUACUUAGCGCAUUUUAUUCUAGUUGAAGAGGCAGCCACGAACUACAACUAAAGAACUAUAUGAAUAAAUAAAUCAGCAAGAUCAACAGAUUAUUAGUCCUCCCAUUUAUCCAUUCUUUGCCAAAAAAAAAAAACAAAAAACAAAACAAAAGCAGAAAAUACACCAUAUAUACGAAAAAGAAAACUUAAAUAAAAUGAAACUCCCACUAGAAAUACGAGAACAUAAUAAUAUGAAUACAACCUUAUAUAUAGUAUGUAUGCUGCACAGUCUACCCGAUUCCGUUGUAAUUAUUAUUUUUACUAUUAUAUUUUUGUAUUACAAAGAAAGAAAAUGCUUUAAAUUGUAUGCCUAACUUUAUUAAAUUAUGCAUAAAUUAUUUACUUUUAGACAUUUUGUGUAACACUCACAAAGCAAUUAACUAAGUUUCCAACAGGAUUAAAUGAGAGAGAGAGAGAGAUAGCAGUAAAAUGAAGAUGAAUGAAGAAGAAAAAAAAUUAGAAUGAGAAAGUCAAGAGCGGCGAGGCGUACGCAUUAAAAGUACCGUAAUUAAUUAUAAUUAUGAUUACUAGACACUAAUACAAGUACACACGUAUAUAUAUAUAUAUAUAUAUAUAAAUUUCAUAGUUUUUAGCAAUUGUAAAUCGCAAAUGUUUUUGUAGUGUCUAACGUGAAGCAGAACUGUAUUGGAUUGAAUCGCAACAGCGACAGCGACUCGGAGAUUCAAUUGAUGAGGAUGUGAGAGAAGAUUGCAUGCAUAACGGUUUGUUGGGAAACAAAUUAGCAUAAGAAUUUUCUAAAAAAAAAAAAAAAAAAAAAAAACAAA